AUGCUCAAGGUGCAGACGCUCUGUGCCAAGAAUCACUGCCUCCUAUGGAGAAGCCAGCCCGUAAUGAACGGCAAGGCAGCUGGCAACGUGCUGGUGUCAGCAGGCAUACUUUUCACCGGCGCCAGCCCCACCAGCGUGCUCAGAACACUGGAGCACAUCAACAUUCAGGUGUUCACGCUUCGGACCUUCUACAACUACCAAAGAGGCUACCUGCUCCCUGCAAUUAACAAGAUCUGGCGAGAACAACAAGAGGAGCUGUUUCUUCAGCUGGAAGGUCAGGAGGUGGACCUUGCUGGCGAUGGGCGGUGCGACUCACCCGGAUUCUCCGCCAAAUACAUGACCUAUUCUCUGCACGCUGCUCAACUCAACAAAAUUCUACAUUUCGAGCAGGUGCAAGUCGGGGAGUGCGCAGAAGUCAAGUCCAGCACCUCCAUGGAGAAACAUGCUUUCCUCAAAUGUCUCGAGAAAGUGAAGGAUCGUAGGCUGAGCGUUGUGUCCAUGACAACGGACCGGCACAUACAAGUUGCAAAGCACAUGCGCACGGAGGAACCUACCAUCCGACAUUAUUUCGAUGGCUGGCACAUCUCAAAAGGCAUCAAGAAGAAGCUGGCUGCCCAGGCGAAGCGAGCUGGGUGCAGCGUGCUGGAGGUUUGGAUUCAGCCUGCCAGCAAUCACCUCUUCUGGUGUGCUGCCCUGAGCGAUGGCAACCAGGAGCUACUUCUCGACAUGUGGAAGAGUGUGCAGUACCACGUUGCUAACAAGCACGCUGACCAUCCAGGGCUCUACACGCAUUGUGCUCAUGAGGACAUUGGAGAAAGGGAGUGGCUAGUUCCUGGUACCCGUGCACAUGACAAGUUUGUGGAAGUGACGAUGGCACCGCGUCUCCUCAAGGACAUUCGGCAACUAGCCCCUUCAACUCAUACCUUCAGCCUCGAAGCCUUCCACAGCGUCCUGAUCGGAACACAACUCGCCAUCUUGCACUUCAACGAAAAUGCCAACACGGAGCAAGCUGUCUCGGCUGACGGAUCUCUGCAAUUUAAGAUCAAACAUCCGAAAUCCAGAAAGGGAGUGAAGGUUGUCCGUCCCAAGCAAGCUGAGCCUACAUACAGUAAGUAG